CCGGCCAAAUCCCCAGAUUGAUGAAAGGAGACUCAUCAGCUCAACCAUCACCAACAGAAAUGACUGAGUCCAACUCCAGCUCCAUGAGUCUCCAUCCGGAUAUUUUGCCUGCUUAACGUGCCGGAGAGCACGUUCUCUCAACUCACCCCGUCAUUUAUCUACAAGCUCGGCCGCUAGCUGUUGUAUUGCGCGUUUUGUUCGCCAAGACGACCGCUACAGCCCGACCCCGAAACGACUCGCAACGUCACAGUCUGAAGCAAGCGCAUUCUUGACACAUUCAUUGUAUCUAGAAGCUACAUGAGAUCUCGACAGGCUGGAAUGACUGAUCACGUUGGUGGAAGCAUCACCGCUCGACCCCACCGUCCCACCAAAUCCGCGGCGACUCGAUCAACUCACCCAGCUGCUGCCUGCACCUCGACGGUCUUUAGCAAUGGCCAGUGCCCAGCUAAUGGAGGAGGAGCUGCAGCACAGUGUGAUGGUUGCGGGGGCUGCCGAAGUCGACAUGGUUGACUACGAUGAUGCGCCAGUCGAUGAUGCCGACGGCGACGUCGACGAAGAGAUGGAAACUUCGAAGUUGGGUGAUUCUGUCCUGGUCAACGGCAAAACAGACAAAAAAGGCCUGGUUGAAAGCGUGGAGCCUGGUCACUACGACGACGCUGACGGUGACGUUGACGAGGAUGAAGAAGACGAGGAAGCUGCCGAAGAAUACGGGGAAGACGAACACGAUCAAGAUGAUAGCGACCAGGAUGACGAAGAAGGCGAUUCGGACGGAGAGGAUAGUGAUGGACCCUCAGAGGGUGACCAUGAAGAUGAAGACCUGGACCGUGCAGCAGCAGAUGGUCUCAGAUCAGAGGACGAUGUUGAAGAGGAGGACGAAGACGAAGGCGUUGGUGCCGUCAAGAUCAAGCCGGGCGAAACGGACGACGAAGAUGACAGUGACGAGAGUGAAGGCUCAGUAGGCCACAGUGAAAGUGCCGAGGAGUCUGACGGGGAGGCCUCAUGGGACGAAGCCGUUGAAAACGUCGAAGACGACAUAGAAGACGAAGAUAAGUUCGACGACCUUGGCGGCCUUUGUAUAUUCUGUAAGGAAGACGAGGAUACGGGCGCAUAUGUCACCUGCAGAGAAUGUGGGGAGAAGUCACACGAGCACUGCGCCAAGAAUAAUUCUGCGUGGAGUGAAAAGCACAACACCACAAAAUGGAAAUGUCCAGAUUGCGCAUCAACAGAUUUGGCCGGCGAAGGAGAUGCAGAUGAAGCAGAAGGAGUGGGGCUUGCUUGCUCUCCCAUAACUACAGGAUCGGCCUCUUCCACACACGGUGGCGCAGAAUCAAAUUCUGGUCGUGAUCUCCCAGCCCAAGACCACCUCGCAGUAGAUGAGGAUUCCUUGGAUGGUUCUCGUGUGCUCAGAAAGCGCAAGACAUCAUCUGUGGAGGCCGACGAGGGCGUGAUGUCGUUGCGAAAGCGGCGCAAGAACACAUCAGAGAUCCGAGGUCAUGAUGAUGGCGCAACAGCCACCGAUGAACUUACAAGGCCUCAGUCCUCCCGGUCAUUGAGACCAAAGACGUCCGACUCUGCUCAUGUCAGCAUCGAGAAGAAAACCCGAGAUACUCUUGUCCUCAAGCUCAAGGCCGAUCCUGUUGAGCUGAGGCGUAUAGAGGCUCGACCACGACAGAUUCCUAAGCGCCGUGGUGGUAGAACGGGCGGUCGCUCUGGUGGCCGAUCUGGGGGCCGAUUCGGCGGCAGGGGACGCACAACACGCCCUCCGGCUCAACCAGCUGUACAAAAUUUGGUGGCGCCAUUUUCAGCCCCAUUUUCUUCCUCGGCAUUGUAUCAACCCUUCUUUUUUGACAAGGAAUCAGAAGAGCUAAAAGGCAAGCCAUACGGCGGUAUCCUCGACGAAGCCGAUGCGGAUACUAGCAAGACUUUCCCGCAGCCGGAGGAUCGCAAGCGCUUUGAUGAGGCAAAACAGAAGGCUGAGGAGGAGUGGCGAGAGCGGAUCCUCAAAAUGCAGGCAACCAUGACAGUGCCUGUCAAAAAAUCAAAAAAACCGUCAGGGCCGGCCAGCCAGAUCGAAUGCAUCGAGUUUGGCGGCUGGGAAAUCGACACAUGGUAUGCGGCCCCUUAUCCGGAGGAGUACAGCAGAAACCGUGUUCUGUACAUUUGCGAGUUCUGCUUGAAGUACAUGAACUCGGACUACGUGGCAUGGCGUCACAAGCUCAAGUGUCCUGCGAAGCAUCCUCCGGGCGAUGAGAUUUACCGCCAUGGAUCCGUCUCGGUUUUCGAGGUCGAUGGCCGCAAAAAUCCGGUGUAUUGCCAGAAUCUUUGCUUGCUGGCUAAGCUGUUCCUUGGGUCAAAGACCCUGUACUACGACGUCGAACCAUUCUUGUUCUACGUACUGUGCGAGUACGAUGAGUAUGGCUAUCACUUUGUCGGGUACUUUUCCAAGGAGAAGCGAGCCAGCAGCCAAAACAACGUCAGCUGUAUCUUGACCCUGCCGAUACAUCAACGAAAGGGAUACGGAAACUUGCUCAUCGACUUUUCCUACCUACUCACCCGCGUGGAAAAGAAGACGGGCUCGCCCGAGAAGCCAUUAUCGGACAUGGGCUUGGUCUCUUACAGGAACUAUUGGCGGCUGGUUCUUUGCCAAUACUUCAUCGAGCACGUCCCAGAGGACAAAGAAAAACAGAUAGGCCUCAGCGUGAAGCAAAUCUCCGACGACACAGGCAUGACAGCUGACGAUGUUGUCGCCGCGUUGGAGGGUCUAAGAUGUUUGGUGCGAGACCCACAAACCGAAUUGUAUGCCUUCAGGGUAGAUUUACCUUUCUGCAAGGAGUACGUCGAGAAGUGGCAGGCCAAAAAGUACGUCAAGCUUGAUCCGCGCUUUCUCACGUGGACACCGUACGUCAUGGGUAGAGGCAACGCAACGAACUUUGAGUUGGGCCCGGCUCUUAAUGCCAUCGCGCCCCGCGAGGACGAGGAAGAGCCAAAACUCACGGAGCCUGCCAUCACGGUUCUUCCAAACGGGGAGACCUCUGUUGUUUAUGCCGCUGCCACCGCAAACGGUGAAGUGAAAGAUGGCGGCGCAACGAAUGGAGUCCCUACUGUGCUUCAGUCCACUGAAGCUCAUGACGACAUGGUAAAGCCAGCGGCUGAACAAAAUGUCGAACUUCAACCAAGUAUCGAAGGGGUCAGAGAGAUGAGUGUUGUGAAUGAGGUAACGUCCAACAUGGAUAAGGACCUUCCCGAAGGGAAGUGGAUGUCUCUUUACAAGGCAAUCCCCCCAACGCGUUUUCAGGUGUUUCCUCCGAUAUCCCGCAAGGUUGAGCGACCGAGGGCGGCAGUUGUACGGAUACCAGUUGCACAACCUGUGGCUCUUCCCCGCCCCAAGCCUAAACGUCCAGCAGGGCCGCGCCGUUCAGCACCAGCGAAAAAGCAAAAGGGCAAAAGCUCCACCACACGGGUUCGCAAGGCAGGCGGAACAGGCCGAGGACCUGGCAGAUGGCCCAAGGGAACCAAGAAGAGCGAUUACGGCAAUGCUGACAGCGGGCCAGGACUCCCUCCGGCAUGGAUUGCUGCCAGACUUGCAGCUCAAACAUCCAAGGGUAGUGGAGGGGAGUCAAACGUCACACCGGACAGCAAAGACACAGCAGCUGCCAAGAUUGAUGGUAAAGCUGAAGAUACCGUGCAAGUUCUGACACCCAUUGUUAAGGAGGUCUAGUGCAACAGUUUGUGUUUUGGCCAUCAUCACUUAUUUCAUGGCGGGCGUUUAGCAAAGGCGUUCACCGAGAUACCUUAAUUUGUAUUGCGUUAUUCGGAUAUUGCUGGGAUUUGGGGGAAGCGGGUUUUCUUUUCUGCCGGUUUUGAUCUCACUUCAGUGUUGAUAUUAGGGCUUCUUACAACGCAUCACCAUUGAAGGCUAAUGGAGAAUUUUCAUGUUGCAUUGAUUUUUUAGAAAGUAUUCGUACCAGCAUAUGUACCCUUUUUCAAACCCAUGGCCAUCACAAUGAGAACAUUAGUUUUUGUCCUGUAAAUGGCUUGAACGGUACGUCAUUGGGCCCGCAGCACGAGGAGGGCUGCUUGUAGUCAAAGUAAUAAAAUAUUGCGGG